GCCCAAGAGUUUCACUUCGGAUGUCCUGCCUCACCUUGUUGGAGGCUCUCGAAGGCAAAGCGCUUUGAAUGACACACGAAUCAUCCGAUCCAAUAAUAUUGAGCGUGGGCAACUUGCCGCCGCGUCGUGUGUGCAGCAGUGAAGCACUCCAAUGGCUGAAUGGCAUGAUCAAGAGCUUUGCCGAUUGCUACUUUCAUUGAACUCGGCAGAAAGGUCUGAACGCCAACAGGCAGAGCAAGCCUUGGAAGGUGCCAAAUGCUCUGCAGGUUUUGCAGCAAGGUGUAGCGCCUUUGGUGCGUGUGGGCCGAGCAGCCAGGAGGCACUCCCUUUGAGACAGCUGGCCAUGACAAUAGUGCGUCAAAUCACGCAGAAGAACUGGUCUCAGCUGGCAGCGGCCGACCAAUCUGCGUGUCGCGAGGCACUGCUGCGUGGUCUUGGCCAAGCUAGCAUAGAAGGUCUUUUGCUCAUUUGCAUUGCCAAUGUGAGAUCUGCUGGUGCUUGGCCAGACUUGGAUCUGCGUCUUUCCCAGGGUUUGUCGCUGAAGUCGGGCGAUGCUGAGGCGAACACCUGUGUGGAAUGUAUAAUAGCCCUUCUUGAAGAAGGCAACUUAGAUGUCCUGAAGUCGCUUGGUCAGCUACAGGCUCCCUUGCUGCAGCUUGUAUCUUCCGAGGUGACACCCGCUCUACGGCGGACGUGUGUCCGAGCACAUUUGCAAAGUGUGACGGCUGUCAUGACCAGCCAGCAUACUGAGGCUCAGCAGGGUGUGGAACAUACUUUGCCUCAAUGGCUAGAAGCUUAUGCAAAGCUUUGUGAAGGACAGAGCUCUUGGCCUCCAACCGAGCGCAUCAAGAACACCUUCGCUGUGCUCCAGGCAGUCACCGCUCUUUGCCGCUUUCGUGAAUUGGUGGAGUCCAUGGGUGACCAGAUCGAGGCGAUUUUGAGACCCGCUUGCCUUCUGGUGCAGAAUUUGCAGCCAGACUACGAGGUUGUGAUCCAAAGCGAUGACAAGGGCGAGAGUGAAGAGGAGGGUGGUAUGGCUUCCUUCGUGGCGCAGUGCAUGGAGCUGAUCCAGGUCCUGGCUGGGCGUUCGAAGCUGAAAGCUCUUCUGAAGAACCGUGUGAAGAGUUUGAUCCAGCUCUUCGUGCCCUUCAUGCGGAUCACCGAGGCACAGGCAGAAGCGUGGCGAAAUGAUCCAAAUGAAUACCUGCAACAGGAGGAGGAUGAUCACUUCAGGGGUUGCAUGGUGCGCUUAUCCGGCGAGGGUUUGCUCUCUUCGAUGCUUGAGAGUUUCAAGCGGGAAGCGACGAGAUCGCUGGCCAAUGUCGUGGAGACCUUGAUUGAAAAGGGGGAAAAUGGACGCGCAGCAGGGGAUGCCAAUGCCUGGAAGUUCACAGAGCUCGGGCUUUUAACCUUCAGCAUUGCUGCUGCAGAGGCCAGUGUGAAAUCGCUUCAACGGAGCGAACUGGCACCCUUGGUGCCCACGGCCCUGUCCUUGGCCGCGAAGCUCAGUGGUGACAAAGCAGCACCCGAGUUUCUGCGUGCUCGCGCCUUUUCCUUGCUGCACCGCUUGGGCGACACGGUCACCGCGCUGGUGACACAAGAGGUGCCGCAUCUCUUAGAGGCAGCUGCUGCCGGGUUGGCACCUUCAGAGCCGUUGAUUGUAAGGGUGAGUGCAUGUCGGGUCUUCUGCCGUUUCCUCACUGCAACAGCUGAUGAAACGCUGCGAGAGGAUCUUCUCCUCAAGAAGGGUGUGUUGGCAUCUUUGGGAGCCCUCCUGCGCGAUGCGGACGAGGAGUUGCUUCACCUUUGCCUCGAAAGCCUGUGCAUCAUUGUGAAGAAAUGCCCGAAGACCAUGGCCGCUGUGGAAGGUGACCUUUGCCCACUCACUGUGCAGAUUUGGCGGCGGUGUGCUGCAGAUCCUAUGGUACACAUGCAGGUCUUGGACUUGGUGAGCUGCUGUGUCUUCGUGGACCAGCGCUUGCAGAGAGCCAUGGAGGAACAUUUGCUGCCAGUGGUGCACAGUGACCUGCAGUCUGAGCCACAUCUUGCCUGUUCGGCAAUGGGACUCUUUGGAGUGCUCCUGAAGCACAGCGCGGUGCCCUUCGGCCCAGAGGUCCUGAACUGCGCCGGGCUUCUACUCGCGAAGGCGAUGCAGUCAGAUGAGAGCAUGAUGCUCCAAAACGCUUGUGAGACGUUGGUGUUGCUUGUCCAGCGCUCCGCCUCACAGGGCGCUGAGCUGCUGGAGCAACUCCUGCGCUUCGCCGAACGGCUUCUGGGACCUGACUUGGAGGAUGAUGCAUGCCUCUAUGUUGGGCCAUUGGCCAUGCUCCUUUUUGCAAAUUAUGGUAGGAUGCUUCCAGCCCAAUUGCAGGUGGGGCUCCUCCAAGCCUUGGUCUUGCGCCUCGCUCGCGCGGAGCGGCCAUACUUGCGGCAGGAGCUUGUGGUGGUCUUUGCGAGGCUUCUUCACGAGGACCUGAACGGCUCGCUGCAGGCUCUUGCAGGCAUGGAGGUGCCCGCAAAAGAUGCCAUUCGUGGUGGCCUUGAGUUGCUGAUGUCUACGUGGCUGGCUGUUGCUCCUGAGAUCCGUGCACGGCGUGCGCGUAACGUGACGGUCUCUGCACUUUGCCGUGUGCACGAGCGCAGUAAGGAGGACUCCCAGCUCCGAAGUCUUCUCGGAGAGGCAGCCACACCAGAGCGGUUGCUUCAAGCCAUCCUUUCGGGCCUGGAGUUCGAGAACCUCCGCUGCGGGCAACUUCGAGAAGCCGAGCGCAACCAGGUCCUUGAAGACUCGGACGAGGAGGAUGAGGAGGCUGAUGAUGAGACCCGGAAGCAGAACGUCCUGUUGUCCGACUUCCUUGAUUUGGAGGACGUGGACUCAGAUGGCUCUGAGGGAGAUACAUUCCAGGAUCUUGAGCGCAAAGAUCCACUGGCAGAGAUGGAUUUGCAAAAAGUCCUGGCGCAGUACUUGGUAAACCAGGAAUGUCAAGAUCCGGAACUUCGGCAGCGCAUGAUGCAAGCCAUCCAAGAGGCGAGCUCUUUGGUUAGCAUGAGUGGAGGAUAUGCGCAGUAGAUGGGACUUGGACUCCUUGUCGCAUCUUGUCACAUCUUGUCGCAUCUACAAAAGGCUUUUUGGAGAAAGGGAGAGCUCAGCUUCAUGAUCUUCAUGGCUGAGUCCCAGAGUUCUCGAUGCGUCUCCCAAACGGGAACCUCGCCCAAUCGGUGACCGAUGAGACGAGCAAAAUGGUGACCGAAGGACGGACCGAGCGGAAUGUCUCCGUUUUCAGUCACAGACGCUGCAGACCACACCUUGGUGGAUGAUUGCCGGCACUUACAGGCAAUGCAGGG